GGGAAACAGACGAGGCCUAUCAGGCCUGAAUGCUGGCCUGGAGUACCGAAACCAAGAAACGCGCGGAUGACGUAGCGACCGCAGCGAAGAAGAAGGCAGAGGACGCCGAGAAGGCACGUCUGCUGGCAAUUGAACAGCAGCGCCAGCACGACGAGGCAGCAGCAAAGGCUGCCGAUGAAGAACGGGUUCAACGUCGUGAGAAGAUAUUAGCGGAGAGCAAGUGUUGCUCACAAUGGCAGCGGAUUGGCAGGCCGAGGCUGAGAAUGGAGCUCUUCUGCGAGUCGACGAAGACAGAUCCGAUUCCAUGGUUCCGCAAGUUCGAGCUCACGCUGCAGCUACACUACGUCAAAGAACACAAGCACCACGCGUACUUAUACUCCCGGUCGGGGGGCGCGUGCCAAGCAUGGUUGGACAAUCUCUUGUCCAAGUACGGGGUGGUAGCUGCCGACUUGCAUACCAAGAUCAGCUGGGAUGAUCUGAAGGCGACGUGGCACAAACGGUUCCAAGUAGAGCCGCCGGAGAUCAAGGCAAUGGACAAGCUAAUGGUCUUCGAACAAGGCACGCUGCCGAGUGUCGACUGGAUUGCCGAGUACCAAUGCUUGACAUCGGUCCUAGACAUCCAAUUGGGCUUCAAAGCCAUCCGCCACUAUUUUAUCUCAAGGUCGUGUCUGGCAUUGAGCAAUGCCUUGACUCACGUCGAGGACACCCUGACGACAACGGCGGAACUAUUUGACAAGGCCGCGCAGAUUAUUGUCACGAACAAGGAGGCUAAGAACCUGCGUUCGUCUGCGACAGGCCCGAGAAGAGAUCAGCAUCGGCCGAAUGUGGUCGUGGUCGCAGCGGCAACGCCGUUUGACCAAACUAGCGAGGCCAUUUCGCCACAUCUUCGAGUCACCUACCGGUGUGGUGCCGGAUCGGCCAAUCUCUCACGAGAUCAUUCUCGAGGCCGGUGCCGUGCCGCCGAAAGGUUGCAUUUAUCGCAUGAGCAAGGAGGAGUCCUCCGCUCGCAACUCGAUGAUUUGUUGGACAAGGGCUGGACCCGCCCUAGUAGCUCUCCAUACGGAGCGCCAGUUCUCUUCGUACGGAAGAAUAGCAAAGAUCUACGAUUGUGUAUUGACUACCGCAAGCUCAACGUGCAAACCGUCAAGAAUGCGAGGCCUCUUCCUUGCAUCGACGAUCUUCUUGAGCGAUUGGGUGACGCAAAGUAUUUUUCUAAGUUGGAUUUGAAGUCAGGAUAUCAUCAAAUCUCGAUCCGACUGAACGAUCGCUACAAAUCCGCGUUCAAGAUGCGGUACAAGCAUUUUGAGUGGGUGGUCAUGCCUUUUGGCCUCACCAACGCCCCGACGACCUUUCAAGCGACAAUGACCAACGAGUUUCGUGCAAUGUUGGACCGGUUCGUGCUGGUCUACUUAGACGAUAUUCUCGUCUAUAGCCGGACAUUGGAGGAUCAUCUUGGGUAUCUUCGACGAGUGUUGGAGACGCUCCGCCGCGCCAAGUACAAGGCCAACCGCGAGAAGUGUGAAUUUGUCCAGCAACAGCUAGAAUACUUGGGCCAUUUUGUCACACCGGAGGGCAUCAAUCCGCUAUCGGACAAGAUUCAAGCCAUCCAAGAGUGGUCGGAGCCACGGAAUGUCACGGAUGUCCGUUCGUUCCUUGGCCUCGCCGGCUACUACCAGCAUUUCAUCAAGGUCGCGGCCCACUUGACCAAGCUUCAAUGCGAGGACCGGCCGUUUGACUUCGGAGAGGAUGCGCAGGAAUUAUUUUUGGCUCUCAAAGCCGCACUAUUAUCUGCGGAGGUCUUGCGCAUAUACGACCCGCUUUUGCCUACACGCCACCCGGUCGAGAAUUCAAGCAAGGAAGUGUCCGUCGCGCAUUCCAUUCACGAUGCACGCAAGAAGGAGCUCCUCGCCUUCGUCCACGCGCUCAAGCGGUGGUGGCACUUCCUUCUUGGUCGAAGCCAAUUCCGAUGGGUAACGGACAACAAUCCGUUGGUCUUUUACAAGACCCAAGACACCGUCAACAGCACCAUCGCUCGAUGGAUGGCUUUCAUCGACCAGUUCGACUUCUUUCCCGAUCACAUUCCGAGGAAGUCGAACCGUUUUGCGGAUGCUCUUUCACGGUGUCCUGAUCAUUGUACCGCGUUCUACUCAACCUUCGAGAUCGACAACGACCUGCGGGACAACUUCAUCCGCGGCUACGAAGCCGACCUCGAGUUUCGCGACAAGUACGCGAAUUGCUCCUCUCCUAAUCCGGCGCCUUCUCACUACCGGAUCCAAAAGGGGUACUUGCUUGUCCACACACGGGGGAAGGACCUUCUUUGCGUACCGAGUGACCCUCACUUGCGUACACGGCUUCUUGGCGACUUCCACGAUGCUCCCGCCACCGGACACUUUGGAGUCAAUCACACGAUUGGCCGACCUCGCGAGCGAUUUUGGUGGCCCGGCAUUCUCGACGACGUCACACGCUAUUGCGAGUCAUGCGAGGUUUGUCGACGCUGCGAUUCCCGCAACCAUCGUCCGUACGGCGAGUUACAACCAUUACCGGUCCCUUUGAGGCGAAGGGAAGCGAUUGCCAUGGACAUUACCGGCCCGUUCCCCAAGCACAAGACCGGAGUGGAUAAGAUUCUCACGGUGGUCGACCAACUCACCAAGUUCACCAUGUUUUUGCCUUGCCGCUAUCAUGCCAAGGCACUGGAGUUGGCCGAGGUUCUUUACGCCGGUUGGAUUCGAACCAAGGGUUGCCCCAAGGAAAUCGUCUGCGACCGCGACACUCUGUUCAUGUCCGAUUUUUGGUUGGCACUCAUCAAACGAUGGGGCUCAUCUCUCAAGCCAAGUUUGGCUCGCCACCCCCAAACCGAUGGCCAAAUGGAGAGGGCGCACCAGACUGCACAGGUUCUCCUUCGCACUCUCAUCCAUCCCGACCAAAAGGAUUGGGUCGAGCGGCUGCCGUAUGUUGAGUUGGCCUACAACUCGUCCAUCCACCCGGCUAUCGGGAUGUCGCCCUUCGAGUUCGAGCACGGCUCGCCGGUCACUUCGUCGUUGGACACCAUCAUUCCACGAACGGUCGAGAACGAUGACCAUCUUCUUUUCUUGGGACGGAUGCAAGAGCUACUUGUCAAGGCACGCGACCAGAUGGCCAAGACGCAGCAACGCAUGAGCCAACAGGCCAAUCGUCAGCGUCUUCCUUGCCCAUUCUGCGUCGGCGAUCUCGUUUGGGUCUCCGCCGCAGAAUUCAGCCUUGAACAAGAUAUCUCUCGCAAGCUCCUCCCAAAAUGGAUGGGGCCUUGGCCGAUCGUGGCACCCGCUGGGGAUGCACCCGAGGGACCUCCCUUCACCAUUCAGGUGCCCGCCCGCUUGCCCGUCUACCCAGUCUUUCAUUGCUCCAAGUUGGCUCUUUACACGCCAGCGAAACAUGACGAUUUUCCCGGGCGACGAUCGCAAGACCCACCCUCUAUGGACGGUUUUCAAAAGGUCGGCGACAUCAUCUCCCAGCGACGCUACGGCAACAUGCCAACCAAGUGCUUGGUACAUUUUGCAUACUGCACACACUGAGCUGACCGUUGGUUGACCCGUGCGGAACUUCAAGCAACAACUCUAGAUGAUCUCGCACGCUACGAACGC